CUCGCAGCCUAGUAAGAAAAGAGAACCAGUGUCUGGAAGCAGGAUAGAUAAUACAAAAAAGUAAGUCCUGUAGAGUUUUGAAGAGAAUAAGUUUGUGAUUUAAGUUGUGUGGCGAUUUAAGGUGUUGUGCCAAUAUUUCCGAGAUUUAUCCCAAGGCUAUACAAUUGACCCAUUGAAUAUAUUGUAGGAAUACGAUGGGCUUGAAACUGAUAAUAAUGGUAGCUGUAGUGGGAGCAGCGGUUAUGUACUACCUAAAUGGGACCGCACCGCACGUUGUCUCACUGGAUCAGCUUGAACAGUAUUGGGGUCCUGGAGACGGUAAAAACUACAAGGAGGAUACAACAAUUAAACCUUUCAAAAUCAACUAUUCAAACGAGGUGAUUGACAAAUUGCGCGCAAAAUUAAAUGAUGUGCCAAAGUUUUCAAAACCACUGGAAGGAACUGCAUUUCAAUACGGAUUCAACAGCAACCGUCUCUUGGAGAUUAUAACCUAUUGGAAAACCAACUAUUUGGCAAAAUGGAACGAACGAGAGAAAUUUUUGAACCAAUUUCCACAGUUUAAAACCCAAAUCCAGGGUCUCGAUAUUCAUUUCAUUCACGUGAAACCAAAAGUACCAUCCGGGGUCAAAGUCCUGCCCCUGUUGUUGCUCCAUGGAUGGCCAGGAUCAGUGCGCGAGUUUUACGACAUAAUUCCAAUGUUAACUAGUAAAACGGAGGACAAAAACUAUGUGUUUGAAGUGAUUGUUCCCAGCUUACCUGGUUACGGAUGGUCCCAAGCAGCAUCCAAGCAAGGUUUAAGCACGUCUAAAAUUGCGGUUAUCAUGAAGAAACUAAUGACUCGCAUAGGACAUAAGCAUUUCUAUGUACAAGGUGGAGAUUGGGGUUCACUAAUUGGAAAUCAAAUUGCAACCUUCUUUCAGGAUAACGUACUGGGUGUUCAUCUCAAUAUGUGUGGUCUACAAAGUACCAGUGCCAUCAUGAAAACUUUCGUCGCCAGCUUUAUGCCAUCACUUUUCAUCGAGAACCAAUAUGUCGAUUUCUACUUUCCGGCUAUACCAAAGCUUAAGGAGAUCGUGAUUGAAUCUGGUUAUUUACAUUUGCAAGCCACCAAACCAGAUACAAUCGGAGCAGCUCUGGUUGGCAAUCCGAUAGGUCUGGCCGCCUACAUAUUGGAAAAGUUUUCCACCUGGACUAACCCGGCCUACCGGGAAUUGGCGGACGGUGGUCUCGAAAAGUAUUAUACACUGGAUAGUCUUCUAGAUAAUAUCAUGAUCUACUAUCUAACCGAUACAAUCACCACUUCACAGCGCAUCUAUUAUGAAACUUUCAGUAAUCACGAGAUGGCUCUGAAGUUUGAUAAUACACAAACGCAAGUGCCGGCCGCAUGCGCUAAAUUCAAGUACGAACUCGCUCAAACUAUUGACUGGGCAUUGCGAGAUCAUUUCAUCAACCUGGUGCAGAGUAAUCAUUUCCAGGACGGCGGUCAUUUUGCGGCUAUGCAGCUACCUGCUGUGCUUUACAAAGAUUUGGUACAGUUUGUUAACAAGGUUGAGAAAAAGACUAAGUGAUUCAGAAAUCAACAGGUCUGCAAAGUAGCACAGACCAAUUCGAGUUUUAACAAUUGCGGAUACUGUGUAUCGAUUUUGCUGUUUAUGUUGGAAAGUUGUAAAUAAAAGUUACCGCCAUA